GACCAACUCACUUCCAAAUGGAGCCACAUCAACAAAAAAGUACGAAAGUUUAUGGGAGUAUACGAGGAAUGCUCCCGGUCCCGGAGGAGCGGCAUGAACGACGCCGAUGUUCUCCGGCUUGCCACGACCCGGUAUCAAGACGACGGGAACCAAGGCAAGGUGCCCAUCGAUCUUUGGGGGAUUUUGAGUCGUUCCCCGAAGUGGCAACAACUCAACAAUCCCGACGGCGGAUCAUUGCGGAAAAGAUCCACCGUCGCCGCUGAGGUUGAGGUCGACGAGACUAUCGGUUCUACCGAUCAAAUCCCUCCCUUCAACGUUGCGGAUUCCGAUGACGAGGACCCCAUUCCACUGCCGAUCGGAAGAAAGAAGGCAAAAUCCAUUGCCUCUGGUUCGGGAGGGUCCGCCUCUGUUUUCGCUUCUCCCCGCGACGAAAUCGGCCGGGCAAUGAUUGAACAACUUCGGGCGUUCAAUCUCCAAGAACAAGAGAGGUUGAAGCUUAAAGAGAAGGAGUUGAAGCUAAAGAAGCAGGAGGCCGAGAUGAAAGUCAUGCAAACCGACCCCGGGACCUAUGCCCCGCCACUUGCCGCCACCGGCCGCCGCGGCCAUCCCUCCUCCGCCGCCGCUUCCUCCCGGAAGCCGCAACAAGGAGAUCGAAUGAUCCUACCGGAAUCUUGCGCCGAUGACUUUGCCGCCGCCGCUGCCGCCGCCACGGACGACAGCAGCAAGCUCAAGAGAAUUAUGCACCGGGAAAUCGAGCGGCAGCGCCGCCAAGAAAUGGCCACCCUCUACGCUUCCCUCCGCUCUCUCCUCCCUCUCGAAUACGUAAAGGGAAAGCGCUCUACAUCCGAUCACAUGCACGAGGCGUUGAAUUACAUAAAACAGAUGCAGAAAAACGUUCAGGAUUUGGGGAGGAAGAGGGAGAGGCUAAAGACGGCGGCGGCCGCGGCGGCAAUUCGGAGUCCUUGUCGUGGUUCUGAGAAGAAGGGGGGAAGCUCAUCAGCAGAUAAGACCCGAGCCGCGGGGAAUUUCGUAUCGGUCAGCGGUUGCCGGAACGGGGUUGAGGUUCUGAUCAACUGUGACGCCGGCGGCGGCGGCGGCGAGAGGGGAGGAUUUGCACUGUCGAGAGUGGUGGGGACGCUGCAAAAGGAAGGGGUUGAUGUGGUCAGCUGCGGUUCUACUAGGGCUGAUAAUAGGUUGCUUCAUUGCCUUCAGUCCCAGGUUAGUUAUGAGGAGAAAGGGAUUGAUCUCCAGGCGUUGCAGAAAAAACUGAACGACGUUAUCAAUUUAUAGAAAACUCAAAGGUUGCAUUGUUUUUUUCAUGAUCAAUUCCUAUUAUAUAUCUUCUUAAUUAAUAUAUAAAAUUGUCAGCAUUGAUUGAUAAUUUAAUUUUCUCUGUGAUCUGAAUUUGCUGCAAGUGUAGAAGCUAAUAAGCAUUGAUGUGUCACACUCUUGGGCGUUUUCUUUUUUUGUGGGGAGAAUUUUUUGGAACAUAGAAAAUAAAUGUUGAGUGUUUAC